ACAACUGCAUUGUGUUCAAGUAAAGCAGAACAGCUCACAGGGGUGACAUCUUUAAAGGGAGAGUAGCUUUUUUUUAUGAUUGCGUGGUGAAACCUCAGUGGACUAUUAUAACCCUAAAAAUGAUGUGGCCUUGAUUUACCUCUAAUCCACAGGAUAAGGACACAAGUGGAUGCUUUGUUUUCAUGCUUUUCUCUUGAUUUGCUGAGCAGAUGGGCAAGCAGCUGAUGCAGAGGGCAGCUCCCUGAACAGCACGAACUGAAAGCAAGGACCCGGAGGCAUCUUGAAAUAGAAAUUCAGAGGAGGAGGAGGAAAAGGAGAGGGAUUUUGAGUGAGAGCAUUGGUAUGCCAGGCUCAGUACCUAUCAUGGCUGUGCAGAAGAAGCAGAGUUCCAUCCCUCCAUCGCCAGGGCCGUUUGCUGCGUGGACCGCUGAGAACCAGAGGAAGGGGAAUGGUUUAGGAAAACUAAGAGAAAAUUGUACUUACAUGAAAGGAAAUUCCCAGGUGAAGAAAAUGACCAGUUCUGUCAAUUCUGCCCAAAUAUGCAAAACAGAGAGUCCACGUGCCGCUGCAGGCUCUAAUGUUGAUGAGAGAUUAAAGUUGGCACGUGGUAGGAGAGAAGAGCACCAGAGAUUACUUGCCUCUCGAGAACUGAGCAGGUUGGAGAGGGAACAGCGCGCCAAACGUUACUAUGAACAGCAGCUCCAGGACCGCAAGAAGAAACUAAUGGAGCAGAGGCUGAAAGAGGAGAGGAGACGUGCUGCUGUGGAAGAGAAGCGUAAGCAGAGACAGCGGGAGGAGACGGAGAGAUAUGAAUCUGCAGUGCGCAAGACCAUAGAGAAGAGCCAGAAGGUUCAACAGAACGUCAGUCAAAACUCCAGAGGAAGGAAGAUCAGCAAGUCUGGUGUGCCACGUCACUUACCACUGACACCGUGGGAGAAGAAGUUGGUCAGUCGCCUCCUUACCCCCACAUGCUCUUAUCUGGCCAGAAGCAAAAGCGCUGGUUGCCAUUCGGGAGCAGAAGCUGUCCAUGUUUGUCGCCGUGCAGUUUCAUUCCACUCCAUGAAUACCAUCACACCUCCCAAACCACAGCAGCAGUCUGUUUCAGCCCAGCGUAGGACAUCUGGCAUCGUCGGUAGCAGAAGCAGUCACCAGAGAGGUGUCAAUCUGGUGCAGGUCAAACCAUCAAGACUUCAGGAUACUGGUAAGUGCUCAGACACUGGAUCGCCUGCUGUUAACCCCUCUGUGAAACCAGCCACAAUCAUUCACAAUAAAACAGCAGCAUGCUCACCUGAUCGAAAAUCUGUCAACAGGCAUCCAGCACCGGCGCAGCUGGAGCUUCCGUCAGUCCCUGAGGAAGAUUUUGCCAUCUGUGGUUUUGCUUUCUAUCCUGGUAACUCGAGACCUGUCAGAACAUCAGCUGUAGGUCAUCCAAAGAACAUGAGGGAUGAGACUCCGUGUUCAAACCUGUCGCAUACAGAGGCACAAGCAUCAGUUGUGGCAGAAGGUUGUGCUCACUCACCUCCACAGCCUCCUGGAAUCAUGUUCAGGUGCUCCGAUGAGACCACGGACCCACAAGAAGCUUUGCAUCUUUUGGCUGAAAAGAAGCAAGAAGCUUGUGUCCAAAGGGAGAGAGAGGAUCAGGACCACCUGCAGAGACAGAAGGUGGAAAGAAGGAAUCAUGAAGAACUGGAGCGCAGGAGAGCAGAAGAGCGUGCACAACAACAGGCUGAAGCUCAGCGUCUGAUACAGGAGAAGAGGAGAAGGGAGGAAGAGGAGCAGAAAAGAGCUGAAGAAGAGCGAGCCCAGGCUAUGAGGGAAGCUGCUCUUCUCCAGAAACAGAGAGAGGAGGAACAAGCUAAAGAGAGGGCAAAAGAGGAACAGGUGAGGCAAGAACGAGAAAUGCGUGUGCAGAAAGAAGAGGCAGAGCGACAAGCAAGAAAAAAGCGGCUUGAGGAGAUCAUGCGCCGAACCAGAAGGACAGAAUCACCAGAUACAAAUUCUGUACCAGAAGACACAAAGCUGGUACAAAAUGUGAACAUGCCAGUGGGGUUGAAGCCUUCACAACUGGAGAUGAACGUUGAUGAGGACAUGGUACCUGUUGUGGCCUUCAAGGAACGCAGGUCUUUGAGAACUCUCGCCAGUUUGGACAAAAUCCAGACCCACCAACGUGCAGAGGUCAUCUGAGGGCCUUCAAAGUGGGCAGAUGUGGGAACACUUUGCUGGAAUUCUCACUAAAGUACAGCCAUUCUGCUGCCCUUCAACCCCCUGCAAGACCAUGUAAAUCACAGCCUCAAUGCAACGUCAACAGUUCCAAUAGUUACUUUUCUCUCUUUAACAGUUUAACAACUGUGCAAGCAGUAUGGCAGGUGUCCAAGCUAUUGUGUCUGUGUCAGAGUCAUAGUGUAAAUUUAGGCAGUAGCCAUGAUAGUUUGCAGGAAAGUGCAGUGUUUGAAGCAGUAGGAGCCGUUUUAACAAUCACACAGUAAGAAAGCCAUAUGCUUUUUGCUUACUCCUAAUAGUUGUUCUUGUCCAGUCUAAUUUCUUUUCUCUGUUUUUUGCACAAAUAAGAUUUUAACUUUUAGAUCCCUCCACCGAUUUUUCAUUUCCCAAUGCUGCUAAGAAAUCUAGUUCCCAAA